CUCUCUCUCUCUCUCUGGCUUCACACUAAUUCUGUGUUCUUUUCAUCAUCUCCGUCUCUCUCGGUUGAUUUGCUUUGAGACUUUCCUCAUCUCACUAUCUUUACCUUAAAAAUCAAAAAUCAGGGUAAGCUUAAAAGGGACGUCCUGUCCACCACUAAUAUCAAAUUUACUCAUGCGUUGUUGAUUUUCAAUUUGUUUGAUAUCUGGAGGUUUGUGUUAGAGAUGUAUCCCUGUGGUUACGUUGCUGAAGUCACCAACUUGUCUCCUCGAGCCACUGAGAAAGAUGUUCAUAGUUUCUUCUCUCAUUGCGGAAUAGUCGAGCUUGUCGAGAUCACUGGAUGCGGAGGGAAUGAUGCGUUAACGGCUUAUGUAACAUUCAGAGAUGCGUAUGCUCUGGAUAUGGCCUUGUUACUUAACGGAGCUACGAUCGUUGAUCAAACCGUGUGGAUAUCCAUGUACGGUGUCUAUCUACACGAAUCUAACAGUCUCACACGAGAAGGAGACUAUACUGUAACGGUUACUCAAAGUCACGCGGAUGCAUUUGCUUCGUCGCCUGGAGAAGCAGUAACCAUUGCUCAGCAAGUCGUCAAGACUAUGAUAUCUAAAGGCUACGUUCUAAGCAAAGAUGCAUUCGGUAAAGCCAAGGCUUUGGACGAGUCUCAGAGAUUCUCAAUCUCGGUAGCCAACAAAUUGGCAGAGAUCGGCCGUUACAUUGGCCUCACACAGAACAUUCAGUCCAGUAUGGAAGCCGUGAGGUCAGCGGACGACAAGUAUCACUUCUCUGAUUUCACAAAAUCAGCGGUUCUUGUCACUGGCACGGCUGCUGUGGCUGCAGCCACCAUUACUGGAAAAGUGGCUGCUGCUGCUGCCACCACUGUGGUCAACAGUCGAUACUUUGCUAACGGGGCUUUAUGGUUCUCAGAUGCUUUGGGCCGGGCUGCAAAAGCAGCGGCCCAUAUGGGUGGUGGUGGUGGAAGCAGUUGAUUAUGUAUCACAAUAUGAGGUUUUAAGCCAUAAAGAUGCUGGAAUAAAAAAAAACAUAAAUGUAUAAUUAAUACAAUCCCAUGAUUUCCCUGUAUGUUAUAUGAGAAAUUGUAGACAAAUUUUAUAAAUAUUAAAUAGUUAUACA